GAUGGUCCGUGCUGCUAGCGGGGUAACAGCGGUGCGGGAGAAUUAUUCUUGCUGAUAUAUCAGCUGCGUAUCGGAUCACUGGCGGGGUAGCCUGCCCCUACCAGUGUGCAGAAGAUGUUUCUGCCGAUAAACUACCGGCUAUUGUUAUCGCGCAGCACAAGAAAUAAUCGACAAAAAAACACCCGUACGAUAACUCGUGUAUUGUUAUUUUGCAAACUCAAACGGAGAUGAACAAUUUGCGUCUAAUCGAGACGAAAGCAAAACAACGAAUGGGCUUUAAAUGUGUGGCUUAAGUAAAACAAAUUUCGAAUUUGGCCCUAUACUGCGCUUGGCUCGAAUUUUGACAGUUCGUUUGGCUCACAACAUUCUCUCUACCUAUUUCUCCAUCUAAGUUUUGCUAGUGCAAAUAGACUUGUGCGAUAUUUAUACUGACAGUGGCAGCUUUUCAGUGGUUCCAGCUCGUAUCAACUAGCUGGCAUCUCAAUCCAGUUUGCUUUGCUUUAUCGCAGCUAACAUCGCAGCGGUUCAACGAUGUGUGGGCUCCACUGACACUGACAGACAGCAUAACAUAGCGUAUGAAAAGUGGCGGUGAUCUCGUGUACACAUUGAGAUGCGCGAUGUCAGCUAGCUGGUCUGUAUGCAUAAAAGAAUAUCGAUACAAAUAUCGCGGUUUUCAGUAUCGAUACGGUCGAAUAUCGGACGCUCGUGUAUCGAUCCAAAAAAUCGAAAUAUCGCCUCAAAAGUAUCGAUAUUUCCGAUACCGAUACAAUAUCGCCCAUUGCUAAUUUCAUUUCCUUCACUGGACUCGAACAUACGACGACUGGCUUGUUAGGUCAGUAUCGUGCUUCGAGACCAGCUGGGAGGGCGUCAAAUCUUCACACUGCGGCAAAUCCUCCAAAAGUGCCGCGAGUUUGGAGUCACUACACACCAUCUUGUCGUCGAUUUUAAAUCCGCAUACGUUACAAUAAACCGACAAGAGCUGUGGUAAAAUCUUGACGCAAAUGGCUUUUCAGGGCUGCCGGCAAAACCUGAAGUGUUUUAUGAGGAUUUCGGGUAGAGCAUCAGACUUCUUCGAGUCCCACAAAGGUUACGAUAAGGUGAUUGUCUCUCCUGCCUAAUGUUUAAUGUUGCGCUAGAAGGUGUUAUGAGACGGGCGGGGUUUAACAACUUGAGACAGUGGCAGACCAGUAUACCCGAUAGGAUCGGAUUGAAGAUUAAUACGUCCAAAACAAAGUAUGUAUAUGUAAGCCUAUCCGAUCACGGCAGGGCACGAUUGUGCAAUACGGUAGCAAUCGACAGGAAUGCUCGUAUUCAUUCGACGAGUUUGCAUACCUCGGCCAACCGGGAGAUUGGAAGGAGUCGUGCCUACUAUGGGCUCCCUAAAUAAACUAUGGUCGCAAAACCUGAGUAUCCACACCAAGUGUAUUAUGUACAGAACGUAGGAGGAUUUGCGAGCGCCUGGAUUUUUUGAACGCCAGUUGCUAAGAACCAUCUUUGACGGUUGUGCAGGAGUACGGAGCUUGCGCGCCUCUUCGGCGGACCCAGUAUUCAGAAAAUGUACAAAGCUGGAAGGGUACGCUGGGCAUGUAAUUUGAAUGCCGGAUAGCUACCCUGAAAAAUUGGGGCUCGCUCUAAAUCCGGUUGGAACUAGAAGACGAGGGGUGCAAAUAGGGAGAUUGGUGAACCAGGACAUAAAGAUUGACAUAGACUGACGAGAAUUGUCCUUGUCAUUUUUGUUGCUCCUGAUUUUUUGAACGUUUUGAGCAUUUUUCACAUUUUCUUGUGUUUUUCUGCAAAAUUCUAUUAUAUAUAAUAAUAACAACAAGCAAAGUUAGGUAGAUUUGAAACUAGCGAUGAGACGCUGAUACUGCUGUCCUCUAUUAAUAAAUCUUCAAGUGGGGAAAUAUCAGUAGUAUUCAAGCAUAAUAUCCCCGAUCCAUACCCGUUAAGGUGUGUUCUUCGAUGAAGUGCCAACUAAGGGAAAACGUCACACAUUCAAAAGCACAUAUUUUUCUUCACUUCGUUUGCCUUAAGGAUUGUAUUGUUUUUUUUUGUUGUUGUUGCAACAUCGACCUAUUUGCAAAUAGCAUACUACUGCAGUUAGCUAUAUAUUUGUUCAACAAAGAUUGCCUGCGGUCAGUACUUUCUCCACUAGAGCCGAUCAUCAGUUCCUUCUUAGUUUCGCACGAAACCGGUCGACAAAUCGCAUCCUAAUAAAAUGGGCCGGAAGGUAGAACAAAAACGGUCGACCUAAAUACGAUGUGAACGGCGCAAUUUCCGUGCAGAGUUUACAAAAAUUACAUCAGAUGAUGAGCGACCGCGCACUAGGCAAUCCUUAUCAAAGCAGCUUGCUUUGUGCCUUUGCCCCACACUGAUGGCCGUCGAUCGGUAAUCCGGUGAUUACCAGCUGGUAGCGUGUCGUACACUUAUCUCUCUCUCACUCUGAACGAACGCUCCAUCAAGCCAAACCUCCGUUUUUGUGACGUCCAACGUUGUGGUUCGCAAAGAUCAACAGGGGUGGAUUUUCGCCUCAACCGGAUGUGAUCUCGGGUUCCGGUAUCAACAUAUCCGAUGUGCCGCCGAUGGUUUCGCUCGAUAUUUAUAAGGUUGAUGAUGACCCAAAGGAUGAACGUGCCAUGAGUUUCCUGCUAAUGGACGAAAAGGAGAACUUGCAGCUCGAAUCUGGAGAAGAUUUCUGCAAAAAGUUGGGUGUGGCAGCAGAUGCCAAAAUCAAGGUAGUCUCUGUUUUCGGAAACACCGGCGAUGGCAAAAGUCACACACUUAAUCAUGCCUUUUUUAACGGACAUGAAAUUUUCAAGACUUCAGCCGAACAAAGUAGCUGCACAAUGGGAAUUUGGGCUGCGUUUAAUCCGAAUAACAACGUAAUCUGCCUAGAUACUGAGGGGUUAUUGGGUGAAACGGGCAACAAGUACCGACAAACGAGAAUGUUACUGAAGGUUCUAGCCAUAUCGGAUAUUAUUGUUUAUCGGACGCGAUCGGAGCGACUCCGAACGGAUAUGUACGAAUUUUUAGGAAUGGCUUCGAAAGCGUUCACCAAAUACUUUUCAACUGCCCUACAUAAGCUGGCCCUAUCCAGUUCCCCGCAAUCGCUUGGACCUGCGGUUAUAAUAUUCCAUGAAACGCUCAAUACCGAAGUUUUAAAGGAAGACGACGAGGGUAGAAAAGAAGAGGACAUUAUUAGGGAACGAUUUGGUAGGUCAAAGCUCGAGUUGACGGCAUACAGCUCACUGCGGUAUGUCGGGAUCAAAACAAGUCAGCCACCGACGAAUUUCGAUUCGCUUAGGAAUGCACUGAUAUGUGAGCUGAGAAACACAACCGUACGUUCCCCCAGGCAGCCUACGCUCGUGUUCGAGGCACUCAACGCAUUGAAUGCAAAGUUUAACGGAGAACUGUCAUCUGCUUCGAACCACAUCUUCCCGGAGCAGUAUUUCACUUGCAUGACGAAAUGUAAAAGCUGCAAAAUUCGCUGCCAGCUAUCGAUGGGUCACCUCGACUACAAGGAGGACCACAAAUGUGCUAGCACGUGUAAAUACCAGCACCAGUUCGAGAACAAAGUCUACCUGUGCAAUAAGUGCUACGUGAACGGCCGACAGGUGGUUGUCGAUAUCAAAACUCAAACUAACAACGAUUCCUCCUGGUUGGGGCUUGCCAAGUACGCCUGGAGUGGAUCGGUUAUUGAGUGUCCGUACUGUGGGGAGAUUUAUCGCUCCCGGCAGCACUGGUACGGAAACAAGCCACCGGAGCAAACGUCGGUCAGACCCGAAAUCGUGCAUAUCUGGAGUGAUGGUGGACUACAGACCCGCGGUCCGACUCAUUCGGCUCAACUAGUCUUGGACAGCGUUACCUAUAUCACCGAUACAUUGGCUAGCUUCGGCGAACAGCCCACAAAAUCGAUCAAAUCCUGGAUGACGGAUAAAAUUCGCCCCACCUACUGGCGACCAGACAGUGAAAUUAUUCACUGCAAGAGUUGCAUCUGCAACUUCGAACGGCUCGAGCUGAAGAAGCAUCACUGCCGCAACUGUGGAGAGGGAUUCUGCAACGCAUGUUCUAAGCACAAAAUGCCUGUUAUUGGGCGCGGCUGGGACUAUCCAGUACGGGUUUGCAAUGGUUGCCGGGAUGAGCUAAUGAAGUUACAACGGUCCAACGGAACGACAGAGAUCGUCAACCCUCGAGUCACUAGCUGCAAUACUGAACCGGAUACGACAUCUUCUGCAGGCAGUAACAUCAACAACAACAACAACAACGGUGCCACUACGGGAGAUGCUGAGGCCGAUGUGAUUGCGCGAAAGUUGGCCGAAGCGGUCUGCAAUACGUUUAGCAAAAUCGGUGCAGUUGUGGAGUAUCCAAAAGAUUUCAUCAAAGAAUCCGCACGGCCCUCGUAUUGGGUUCCAGACUCCGAAGCUCCCCACUGCCACUCAUGCAAGUUGGUGUUCGGCUGCCCAGAGGAACUCAAUGGCAAGCAAACCGUUCAGCAGCGGAGUGUGACCGGUAACACAACCCCGGCAUCCCCACAGUCGCCCUCACAGUCCUCCUUUCUCGCCAUCGACCGACGGAGACAUCACUGCCGAGCCUGCGGGAAUGCCGUUUGUGCCGAAUGUUCAAAACACCAGCGACCCGUGCCUGAGCGUGGGUGGCUGAACGAGGUGCGUGUUUGCGACAAAUGUUUUUCCAACAGUAAUUAGACAAAAAAAAAUCCAUUGGAAGAACGUAAAAACAAAAAUUGAACGGAAUUGAAUGGUUUGAUGAGCGGUAAGACUCGAUUGUGAUAAUUGAUUUAAAUUUGAUUUAAAUGUUUUUUUUUCUGGAUUCUAUGUUUUGGUAUAUGUAGUUAGUGCAACAUUUCGCAACGCCACAAAAGGGAUGAAACUUUCUGUUAUGCAGAUUGUUAUCAUAGAAAAGACUGCGAGUUUUGAAACAAAAAAAAAAUGCAACAAAUUCUUUUGUUUUAAUGUUUUUGCUAUUUAAGUAGAUUUGAAACACUAGCCAGAGCACAAGCUUAGUAAAGAUACGUAUUGCGAGACAGGCUGCUUCUAACUAUGUACAGUGACGAAACAAUAUAAAAAUACAAACAAGAUGCAGUUAUUCAUGUUAAAAUUAAAACUAGGGCUACCGCAGGAUCUAUUUUAUGCGUAUGUUUAGUAAUGUAGGACGAGCACAGAUAUUGUUGGUAAUUAUUUUUUGAAUAAAAUAAUUGAUUUCCUUAUUUUUAAAGUA